AUGUCCAUCUCAAACGAGGCAUUGCAGAAGUUGCUGCGAGAGGUUGAGACGCAGGCCAUUGCAGCGCAGCAGCAGAUAUCCCUCGUCAGAACGCAACAAGUAUCUAAGCAACGGGAAUUGCGAAUGGCGCAGCUAACGCGCAGCGAGAUAUCCUCGCUUCCAGCCGACACUAAUGUCUACGAAGGCGUCGGCAAGAUGUUUGUCGCCAUGCCCGUUGCCGAUAUGAAGGGCAAACUAGAGGGCCAGAUCAAGGAGGUGGAAGGCGAGGUAGACGGGCUCGGCAAGAGGCUGCACUACCUCGAGGUUUCGCAGAAGAAUAGUAAGGACCAGAUAGACCGCAUGCUAAGGGGCGGUGUGGGCGCGUCUUAG